AUGAAGCUGUCCAUCCAGUCGCUCGCCAGGAAGCUGUCCCUGCCGUCCCCGAAGCGGGGCGGCGGCGAGGACGGGAAGAACAAGAAGAAGCGGUCGCUGUCGCGCGGCGAGACGCCGUCGUUCGCGUCCUCGACAUCCUCGUCCUCAUCUGACGACGCGCUGGCACGGUCCUCCACGCCGCGGUCCGUGCUGCUGACGCCGGCGCCGGCAGCACCGCUGGAGAUCCCGCGGCGGGAGCUGGAGGCCGUGCUGCGGCGCCUGGGCCACGCCGAGCCGUCCGACGCCGAGCUCGACGCCGUGGCCGCCCUCGCCGCGCAGCCUCCGCCUGCAGACGCCGACGGCGACCUCAUGGAGGCGUUCCGCGUGUUCGACGCCGACGGCGACGGCCGCAUCACCGCCGAGGAGCUCCGCGCCGUCCUGGAUGGCAUCCUCGGCGGCGGGCCCGACGGUGGGUGCAGCCUCGACGACUGCCGCCGCAUGAUCGGCGGCGUCGACGCCGACGGCGACGGCUUCGUCGGGUUCCAGGACUUCGCGCGCAUGAUGAUGACCGCCACCGCCGCCACGUCCGCCGACGCCCGGACCUUCCUGUGA